AUGGAAGUGAUUGUCUGUUCCCGGCUGCUUGAAGCGGCAAGUAUCAUCAAUCCAUCGGAUAACUCCUGCUUCUUGUUUGCUGGUCCCGGCCCGGUGCCAAGCCCCAGCAUUCCCGAAACAUGGGCUAUCUGCUCGGCCACACUGGCUGGGAGGAUUCCGGGUAUGUCCGAUAUUCCGAGUCCUUUUGGUUUAGUUGGCAACCAUCCUUCAGCGACUAGGCUUCUACUUAGGCGGGCUUGCACGAUUUCUGCUACGGAGUCCGCAGGUUGCAAUAACUACUGUGUAGAUCAUGACUCCUACUAG